UUACCCCACAGUACUAAAUGAAGAAUUUUUUCAGGUUCUUUUCCUCGAUCGGCAAUUUUUUUGCAAACGCAGGAAAAGCGAUUUGGCAAGCCGGGGGAGACGUAGUUGAGAUUAUCGCUGAUGAUGUUUUUGACGUUCAGCUAAAUGUUCCGGAUAAAGGAACAAACGAAUGUGGAGAUUACAAAAAGAAGAAUUCUGAGACCAACUUCAUGGGCUUCAGCGGCUACGAUUAUUACUACGAAUGCUGUGGGGGUUGGCAAUACGAUUCGAGAAACCGAUGUCUUGUUCCGAUAUGUUCUGGAUCACGCGCAUGUGGUAGCAGAGGAAAAUGUAAAACAUCGCCUGGAAACUGCGAGUGUUACAGUGGAUAUACGGGGUCAAGCACUGGGUGCAAUACUUAUGUUUGCCUGUAUUCUUACGACUGUGGGAACCGCGGUACGUGCACCGCCGCUAACACAUGCACUUGUAAAGCCGGUUACAGUGGCAUAAACGUCGGAUGCACCACAGAUGUGAACGAGUGUACAUCAGGCGCGCACAACUGCGACCAUACUUGCACAAACACCGUAGGAUCCUUCACUUGUAGCUGUAACUCCGGCUACCAACUAGUCGGUGGAAACAAAUGCGAAAACAUCAAUGAGUGCACUGCAAACACGCAUAACUGUGCCCAUGUAUGUACUGACAACACACCAGGUUUCACAUGUUCAUGCAACUCUGGUUACUCUUCACUUAACGGCGGAGUUACAUGUACCGAUGUCGACGAAUGUACCGCCGGUACCCACAACUGCGCUGAGACAUGCUCCAACACAGCCGGGUCGUUCGAGUGCAGCUGUCCAAACGGAAUGACUCUAAUCAACGGAAAAGAUUGCGAAGACAAAGACGAAUGCCAGCUCGGUACUCACCAAUGCGAGUCUGGGUGUGUCAACAACCAUGGUAGUUACAGCUGUUCCUGCCCAGCGGGUUACAACGUUGCCUCAGACGGCUUCGCAUGCGAAGACGACAACGAAUGCGAUUCUAACCCUUGCGGAAUCCACACUUGCAACAACAAUGAAGGGUCGUAUACUUGCACAUGCAACACCGGCUAUCAUUCAUCUACUACCACCACAUGCGUUGAUACCAACGAAUGCGUAAGUGGACAUGAAUGUGACCAACAAUGCACAAAUAACGAGGGUUCAUACACUUGUUCAUGCGGUACUGGUUACUUACUGGACUCAAACGGCAAAGCAUGCAACGAUAUCAACGAAUGCGACAACAACCCGUGCCACCUCCAAGCCGAUUGUGGCAACACUGAUGGUUCUUUCACCUGCGCUUGUUUCGAAGGUUACCUGGGUGAUGGUUUCAACUGCCAACGUACGUACAUAUUGGCAGUAUUGCCGGUCAAAAAUAUAGUAUAUAGCUCAGUAUUUCCGAAAGCGAACGCCCACUGAUUUAGCAAAAGCUCU